AUGUUUUGUUGUAAAAAAGCUGAUAAGAACGAUUAUGAAGAUGCAAAGCAAGAAGACAAAAAGGAGGAAUUAAAGAAAGAGGAAGAUAAACAGGAAGAAAAUAAAAAAUCAGAAGAAAAUAAAAAAGAGGAAGUGAACGAACAAAAUAAGGAAGAAAAAGAAAGUGUUGAGGAUAAAAAAUCGGAAGAAAAAGAAAGUGAUGAAGACAAAAAAUCGGAAGAAAAAGAAAGUGAUAGUUCUUCAUCUUUAACCCCAACAACGGAAAGUGAAAAAAAAGAGGUUAUCGAAGAAGAUAAAAAAGAAGAACCUAAACAAGAUGAACAACCAAAUGAAACUAAUGAGAGUGAUAAAAAAGAAGAAAACCCAUCUCCUGACAGUAUAAAAGAAGAUCAAAAACAACAACCUUCUGAUAACGAAGAACCAAAAGCAGAAGAGCCAAAAGCAGAAGAACCAAAGGAAGAAGAACCAAAGGAAGAAGAACCAAAGGAAGAAGAACCAAAAGCAGAAGAACCAAAAGCAGAAGAACCAAAAGCAGAAGAACCAAAAGCAGAAGAACCAAAAGCAGAAGAACCAAAAGCAGAAGAACCAAAAGCAGAAGAACCAAAAGCAGAAGAACCAAAAGCAGAAGAACCAAAAGCAGAAGAACCAAAAGCAGAAGAACCAAAAGCAGAAGAACCAAAAGCAGAAGAACCAAAGGAAGAAGAACCAAAAGCAGAAGAACCAAAGGAAGAAGAACCAAAGGAAGAAGAACCAAAGGAAGAAGAACCAAAGGAAGAAGAACCAAAGGAAGAAGAACCAAAGGAAGAAGAACCAAAGGAAGAAGAUCCAAAAGCAGAAAAUAGUUCAACUGAAACUGACUCUUCGUCAACUAUUUCUUCCUCAAGUAGUAAAUCAGAUACAAGUGAUAAACAAUCAAGAGAUUUGAGUGAAUAA